AUUUAUAGCCCCUGAGCACAAGCGAGCUCUCUUUCUUAAACGCGAGUGAGGAGCUGGUCAUAUUCAUAAGAGUCGUGCUGAGCUUGGCUGUCGUAUAUUCUAGACUGUUGUCUGCUGUCACUUUGCUUGUGAAACGCACUCGAAGGGGCUCGUCAGAUAGAAACAGAAUUCUGAGCACAACCAACAGAAACUGAGACUUUCAGAGAGAGGAGACAUGGAAAAGCCAGUCCUGCAGACACAACCGUCCACCCUGCCUUUCUUCGACACGGCCCAUGCCUUCAACCUGCUGCGGGGGAUCCAUGAACUCCGCGCCGAACGGAAGUUUUUCGAUGUGACUCUCUGCGCUGAGGGCCGCGAGUUCCACUGUCACCGCACAGUGUUAGCCGCUGCCAGCACCUACUUCAGGGCUAUGUUCGCAGGAACGCUGAGGGAGAGUGCUAUGGACCGAGUGGUUCUUCACGAGGUGUCAGCUGAGCUUUUAGGCCUUCUGGUGGACUUCUGCUACACUGGACGAGUGACCGUCACUCAGGACAACGUGGACGUCCUGCUGAAGACGGCCGACCUGUUUCAGUUCCCCUCCGUCAAAGAGGCCUGCUGUGCCUUUCUGGAGCAGCGGCUGGAUGUUUCCAACUGCUUAGAGAUCCAGGACUUUGCAGAGGCCUACGCUUGCAGAGAGCUAGCGUCCAGUGCUCGCCGCUUUGUCCUAAAAAACAUAAUGGAGCUGGCUAAAGGAACAGACUUUGAGCGGUUGCCGUGGAAGCGCUUGCUUGAGUUUGUGUCAGACGAUGAGCUUUCUGUGGACAAGGAGGAGACAGUUUAUCAGAUUGCAGUGCGCUGGGUUAAGGCUGACCUCCAGCGGAGACUUCACUACUGGCCCGAACUCCUCCAGCAGGUCCGACUGCCUUUCGUCAGGAGGUUCUUUCUGUUGGCUCGCGUGGAGAGCGACCCACUCGUCUACCUUUCACCCACCUGUCUCCGCAUGGUGAACGAAGCUCGCAGCUUCCAGUCCUGUGAGUACGACCGCCAUGACAGGCCCUGCCAUCGCAUGCGGCCGCGGCCAUCCACCGGACUGGCAGAAAUCUUGGUGGUGGUCGGAGGUUGCGACCAGGACUGUGAUGAGCUGGUCACAGUGGACUGUUACAACCCUCAGACCGGACAGUGGCGCUACCUGGCUGAGUUCCCUGACCACCUUGGCGGAGGUUACAGCAUCGCUGCCCUUGGAAACGAUAUGUAUGUCUCAGGUGGCUCUGACGGCUCUCGCCUCUAUGACGGCGUGUGGCGCUACAACUCCAGUGUGAACGAGUGGACGGAGGUGUCGCCCAUGCUGAAGGCUCGCGAGUACCACAGCUCCUGUGUGCUGAAAGGUCAGCUGUACGUGGUGGCGUCUGACAGCACCGAGCGCUACGAUCACGCUCUGGACUGCUGGGAGGCCUUACCGCCCAUGCAGCACGCCAUGGACAACUGCUCCACCACCACGUGCAGCGGACGCCUGUAUGCUAUAGGCUCUCUGACCGGGGAGGACACCAUGGCCAUCCAGUGCUAUGACGCAGACACCAACCGCUGGUCCAUGGUCAGCUGCGGACAGCUGCCGCCAUGGUCCUUCACACCCAAAACUGUGACCCUCAAAAGCCUCAUCUACUUCAUCAGGGAUGACUCAGCUGAGGUCGAUGUUUAUAAUCCUCAGAAGAACGAGUGGGACAAGAUUAGUCCGAUGACCCAGGUCCAUGUUGGUGGCAGUGUGGCAGUCCUGGGCGGUAAAUUAUACGUCUCUGGUGGUUACGACAACACGUUUGAGCUGUCAGACGUGGUGGAAGCCUACGACCCGACCACCCGCUCGUGGUCUCUCGCUGGACGACUACCUCAGCCGACCUUCUGGCACGGCAGUGUCAGCAUUUUCCGACAGUUCAUGCCACAGGUGUCCAGCGCCUUCGAGCCCACUGACAUCCCCGAGUCAAACGCCAUCCACCUGCAUCGGCACCAGCGCCACCAAGCGCUCCACAAUCUCAACAACAAUAUCAACCAGAACCAGAACCAGGAUGUGAACCCAGCGCACUGAGUUUGGACCUGUGACAUUUUCAGCCUGCUCUCCGUCAUUUGUGUCAUGAGUAGUUUUACCUCAUCACUAUGCUGAAGGAGAAGAAGCCUGAGCUCCUUCUGAUCCACUUGACUACCACGCUGUCAUACUGACACUCAUUCAAGUCUGUUGAACAGAUGAUGACCUGAUAUUUGUUCAUGGUUGGAGAAGAUAACCAAACCAAAGGGUUAGUUCACAGGGUCGGGAUAGGCUCGAACAGAACUAGUGUACGACCUCGCUGGAAAUGUUUUUAGUUGUUCAGAACGGCUACAACCAAAGGCAGAGUGAAAGGCUGUCGUGAUAUGAUUGAAAUACAGGGAUAACUGUAAACUUUCAGACUGUGCCUCGUUGUGUUGGACUGGAUUGUUCUCAUGGAACGUGAGAGAAGUAGAAGUGUGAAGAAUGAAAAAGGAGAGCUAGAGAGAGAAGUUGAAGUGGUGGCUUCUGUCCCACAGCUGACCAAUCACAGCAUGUCGUGGGUGUAAAUAUCAGAUUUUUAGAUUUUGGAAAGUUACAGAAAUUGUUGCAGUGGAGGGCGUCCGAAUCUGACAAUUCUGAAGAAGUAAACUGGCAGCUUCAUCCGAACUGGAGUUUUGUCUUGUAAAGCCAUCGUCCCAGAAGACUUCAGUGUCCUGGACAAGUGGGAAAAAUUCUAGUCAGACAUUAUCUGUGUUUCCUGAGCUAUAAACUACCCAUCACCCAAUUCUUAAUACAAUUCAAAUUAUGCUUAGAGGGGAUGAUUUUCACCAAAAUUAUGACUGAGAUAUUAAAAGUACUUCACACUAGACAAAAGGUUAUCACUGAAUAAUGAAAACUCUUCUCACUGCCUCAUUUUACUGCAUCAAGCAGUGAUGGUGAUGAGCUUAUCGUUGUCCCCUGAGGCAGGAGGACAGACGACACCCGCUGUACUCCAUUCUACACUACAAGAUUUAUGCUCGAUGUCUGUUUCCAAACUGCCUGUUUGGGUUACGAGAAAAAGAUGUCUGUUCCCCGAUGUUUUCUCUGUGAACCAUCCAGGACUUACAGAAGAAACAGAGCCGAAUACGGUCGGGUGUUUCUGCGUAUGGACAUCAUUGUGUUGGCAGUGAGUUCCAGAGUUUUCUGUAAAAACACAGACAUUUACAUUUGACAUUCUUGAAGGGAAACAUACAUAUCUUGUUAGCAGUUUUGAGGUACUACUGCAUCUGUGAAAAAAGUUGCAUAAAGCUUAUUCUCUCAGAAUGAGCUGCACAAAAUUUGAUUCUGAGUCCAACUGAUUUGCCUCAAGUGUCAAGUUGCAUUCUGGGUUCUGUAGUUUGGACAAGACAAUCUGUGGUUCUGCUGCUUUGAUUUUUAUCCUUUUUUUUCACCAAGAAUCUGACAUUGUUAUAGGAGUGUGAUGCUAAAGAGUUAGAGUACAAUUUUAUAUAUCUUUUAUCAGUUUGAAUCCCAAAGAAGGAGACCAAUGUUCGGUCAGAAACAGCAAUAAUCUGUUUACAUUCCAAAAUGGACGGCACUCACAAUCGACAUCAAACACUAAACAGAUCAUAUUGCUGAGCAGGAUGGGUUGGGAUAUGUUGUACUCACAGGUGUGCUGAGUAAUCCUCUGUCAUCAUAGUAGAACUUCAGGAUGCAUUCGAUGUUAACCUGCUAGCGAUAAAUACGCUGCGCAGCAUCUCCCUGUGUCCCUCCCAAACCCUCAAACUGGGCUUCAUCAGCCUUUGUAACCACCAUUCAAAUGUGCAUGAAAUAUUUUCUUUAAAAAUUGUAUUUAUGGAUGUUUUGUAUGUUUUAUUUAUGAAUAUAUUUGUGCUGUGGUUGCUUACGAUGUCUCUACCUAUUAGUUACAAAUGUCUCAACUGGAAGUGCAGAAGAAUCUCAGUUUGUUCUCAUGUAAAAUGAUUUCUUUUGCUUUACUGGUGAUAGUAUUUUUUUGAGUGUUUUUACGGUGACGUUGAUGCAUUCUUGUUUUUCUUAGUUUUCAUACGAGUUUGUGUUGUUGAAUCGGUUUUGUAAAUACAGUAUAUUCUUAACCUUA